UUGAAUUUCUGAGUUAGCGAGCGUUCUCUGGAAGCUGUGAAGAUGGCGACAUGUGAUAGUUUUUUGUAAAAAUGUGUCAGAAUUCAAUUUUAGUGCUUUUAAUUACGGUUUCUAAUGUUGUCAUUAUACAAUGUCAGAGCAACAUCGAGUCGCUUUUACAACUUUAGGGUCUGCCAAGAAGCAAGCCAAAUCCAAACCGAAGAGUGAUUCAGUUCGCAUAACCAUAAAUUUAACCGAGCCUAGUGGUGAUUCGUGUCCAGUUUUUAGUUAUACCGCUCUAGUUAAUUCUGUCGAGAGAAAGAAAAAGAAAGACAAUGAUAAAGUUGCUAAUGGGUCUAUUGACCAUAUCCAUGACUGUGAUGAAGAGCAGUUAAAAAGAAUAGCUGCACAAUAUGAAGAUAAAUACGGAACCAAGGAGAAAAGGUUUUCAAAUUACAAUGAACUCGGUGCUGGUUAUGAUGAUGGAGAUUCAUUCAUCGAUAACUCUGAGGCGCUUGAUGAAGCCCUGUCGGAGCAAGUGGAGCCUGAGUUUGGGGGCUAUUACGUAAACAUAGGUCCUCUUCAACUCAAACAUCUAGAUGGUUCUGAAAACUCUGAAGAUGAGGAGAUAAACAUGAGAACUCAUAAUCUGAAGAGAGCUGCCAAAGCCAUAGUUAGUGACUCUGAAGAAUCAGAGAAGAGCGAAAAUGAAGAAGAAGAGGAGGAAGAAGAUGUAGAUAAAGAUGACAGCCGAGAAGAAAAUCACACUGCCACCAAACAUAAAGUUAAGAUUGCAGAAACAAAGGAUGUCAACAAUUUGAAGUCUGAAAAUGUACCAAAUGAGACUGAUCAAAUUAGGAAUAAAUCAAAUGGUGAAAUUAGGGUGAAAAAACAAAAGCGUAAAUUAGAUCCCAGCACCGAUAAUCAUGUAGAAAAGAAGAAGAAGAAACUUAGCAAAUCCUUAACUGUAAAGAAAUUAUUAGAAGAAAAAAGAAUAGCAGAUGCAUCUCCAGAGUGUUCAGACAAGGAGACCUUGCGGGUGCACAGUUCUGUUAAUGAUGUUAUUGAGUCUGUAAUUCUUGCUAGUAGGACUGAUAGUAGUAUUCUAGAAAGAGACAGUGAUAUUAGCAAUGGUUCUAGAUCCUCCUCAAGUCUUUCAAGAAACGGAGACAUGAGUGAUCCACGCGAUAAAGUGGCUGAUGUCAGUCCACCGUCGUCACAAGUUCCUUCCCUUAGUACAAGUGCAAACCAAAUGAAUCUCAAUUCCAAUCCUUACAUUCAUCCUAAUAAGGACAUCGUACCACUGCCCGCGUACUUACCUGAUGAUGUUUUAGAAAUUAUCAAAUAUAUUAAACAAUACCCAACCAAAUUCCAACAUUUAAGCAAAGGCAAAUUCUUCUCAGAUAGUAUUAAUAAAGAGUUACUCAGAUUGGAAUGUAAAUCUCGAGACUUGGAUCUGUCAAGGCACCAAAUUUAUGCACACCUUGCGUGUUUUGUUCCUUGUGGGAAAGAAACGCUGAUGAAGCGAGCCAAAAACUUACUCAUUGAUGUAGAAGGAAAAAAAUUAGAAUCACUUAUUAAAGAUUUGAAGGUAGCAGUUGAUCGAAUAAUGCCUUCAAUCCUGGAAAAACACUCAGAGGCAUGUCAAAAAGCAAGCAAGGAAAAGUACAUUGAAGAUUCAGUCAGUGGUUGUGCAUCAAGUAACUCAGAAACUCGACCUAAAACAAAAGUACCUCGUCGAUCCUUCCCUUGGAAUGAUGAGCUCAAGAGUUAUGUUCGGCAAAUUUUAGAAGUCCAGCUGCGAAUUUUCAAACUAGUAAAAUCAAGGAAAGACACAAUAGAAGAUUUUGUUCAAAAAUUUGUAGCCAAUAAAUUAAAACCCCUAUGGCCUCAUGGGUGGAUGAAAGUCUCCACUAUUCUUAAAGUAGCUGAUCUGGAGCUUGCGAACUUUUCUAAAAAGAACACACCAACGACGAAUUAUCAGAAAAAGAUAAACUCCGCUGUUGCUGUUAACAAUUCAAGCACCCCUGUCUCUACCAACUCUACUCCUACCCCUCUCUCAACCGUACCUGAACCAACCCAGUUGAGGAAACUACCAGCAGCUAACUCAGUGAAAGACAAAUUCAAAGAAACCUCAUUACCAGAAAUGGACAUGUUCUCAGAUCCGAUAGAUCUACUCUCAAAAAUAACAUCAGCCAUCUCACCGAAUUCUCAACAAAACUGCAAAGCGUCAACAAGUCCGCAGCUACAAACCAGUCAAUCGCCCAAAGAGAAACUUAACUUAGAAAAUGAGAACAAAAAGACAGAAACUGUGAUAAGUAGGAAUAACUUCAACAUUGACCAUCUCAUGGAUCUCUCCAAGAGAGAGUCAUGCAGUCGGUCAGUUCCGCAGUAUUCAAAAUCCAACGACCAAGUCCUAGACUUGUCGCCGGGUAAAACUUCUGUUAGUCCGAACAAAACCCCCGAAACGGUAAGUGCUGCCAGUUAUACAAGUAACAAUUCAAGCAGAGCGAGCUUCUCUGCAAACUUUGUACCUGCGUCAAACCUCUCGCAAGUUCCUCCCCGAACGUCUCUGCCCCCCCUCCCUGCUCACGCGUCCUUGGGGCCACAUCUGAAGCACUUAAACGAACCUCAGAAUCCAAUGUGCCCACCCAUGCCAAUCUCUACUAGCUCGUCUAUGACAUACUUCAAAAACGUCCAUUAUACGAACUCAAACUCACAUCAGCACCCGUUGAGUAUGAGCCCAUCGUUCGCCUCGAAUGCUGGUGCUCUGCACGUCUCUCCCGUUAAGUCACUGAGUGUCUCCGCAUCGCCAUUAGUCACAUCCUCAUAUGAAGUGUCGGCGGACCGAGGUGGUGUCAAAAACAGGAGCUGCGUCUCACGAAAUACCACAUUCGUCUCUCCGCCAACUUCUGUCUCUUCUCAUAUCUCUCCAAAGGAAGGAAUGAAACCAGUUAGCUUGAAGCACCGGAUCCUUCAAGAAAGUAUGAAGGCCCAGGCAGAAUCUGACUCCUUCAACUCUCUAAAAAAGCCUCAACCUCUCAAUUUUGAUGGUGGGAAAAGUGAGCCUCUGCGGCUUCCUGAAGAGAAGAAUAUUUACUCUAAAGCUGAGCCUGAUUAUCAGGAAGAUUCGAAAAAAUCUACAUAUGAGAAUAUAAUUAAAGAAGAGAAAAUCAAAGUCAAAACGGAUGCUGAGCUUGAAGCAGAGCGGCGCAUGAUUGAAGAGACGAUGACUGCUACAGACGUUUUGAACCGUAUCAUCAAUGAGUCUCUACAAGACCCAUCGCCAGUAGUCCAUGAUGACAUUAAGCCACUGCAGUGUGUGAAUGAAAUGAAACCACCACCGCCUGCCAUCAUCAAAGAUGAUCCAGGACUGCAAGAGCGGAAAGUGCGCUCGCAAAGUGUGGAGGAGUGUGAAGCAUCCAUGGAGGCUGUCAUCAAAAGCUUGCAAGAUCUUCAGAAAAUGUCAGGCAACAAAAUAAACACACCAGAGCGAAAUUUUUCCAUGCCACAUGCAAUGGAAAGUGUCAAGCUUAACAAUAAUAUCAAGCCUGUAAAUCUAGAUUUUCCUGCAGUAAAUCAUGAAGUAGAAUCACCGAAAGAGUCAACAGGUAUGCCAAAAGUUGCGCUGGGCUUUCAAGCUGAAUUCUACAAGCAUCUUCUGAGUGACUCACCCAAAGAGAAAACACCUUCGCGAGGCCCUGAAGUUCCUGAGUUGUAUCGAUCAUAUGAAGACUCAUCAGCAAGGUUACCAGAUCCAAUCAUCAAAAUUGAAGGCAACCCUCAGCCAUCCGCACCAAAUCAUUGUUCGGUCAUCGUACCUGUGUCAGCCAAUCAGAGUGGAUGGCAUUACAGAGAUCAAAAUCAUCUCAGCCAAGAGUCACCGCACUCCCAUCGCUGAUACUGCCAAAAAGCAACUGCAUGUGCAAAUACAACAGGAAGAAGCAAACCAUGCUCAAAUUUUUUCUGUUUUAAUCUUGUAAUAUCUGUAAUAAGUCACCGUGUACAUUAUGUUUCAAAAUUAUUUAUUUCAACUGUGAAUACUGCUUCAUAUUUUUAUGAUUUAUUUUUAUAGUCAAAGUGUAUAGAAUUGUUUCGGCCAGAUCAAAUUACCUUCAUCUUCGAAUCAUGAUUAAUUGUUUUUAAUGUUAAACUGUGCUACUUUCUCUGUUUUAAGAUUAAGGCUUUGGUGAUUUUUGAAAAGAUUUAAAGAUCAGAAACUUACAGAAUGAAAGAGGAAGGGAACUUUAUACUUAAGGUCACCCAAAGUCAGUAUUUUAUAUUAGCUUUCCGGAGCUGAGACUUUCAAAACAAGUUCCUCUUCCUUUUUUUUUAACUUCUAUGUUUUUAAAUAUUUGAUUUCCCCCUUUUUCUGUAUAGAAAGUUUUACCUUUAGUCUCCUAGUAAACCUCAAAAUCAUUUGAGUUUUCGAGUGCUGAAUUCCAGCAUUUCCCCUGUCUUUCCACUUUUUCUCGUAUUUUGGUAAUGAUUUUUGAGCCUUUAGAUUCUCUCCAGGAAAUUAUUUACUGUCAGGUAAUCUCAAAAAGUUACUAAUAAGAGAGAUUAGUCAGAAAAUUCACCCCGUUCAGCUUGUAAAAUCUAUGAUAGUAACUUACCAAUUGCAUAUUUCUGGGUUAUACGAGUUCAAAAAUAAAAACUAGAGAGCACUCAAACAUAGUAUCAAGCAAAAUAUCAAUAGCAUGGAUUGAACAAAAAGUAAUGCACCUCACAGAUAUCUCAGAAUCUACAUCAGGUAAAUUAGAUCAUUUUUGUUGUACGACAGCUACUGUUGUCCCCUUUAAGCAUGCCAAAUUUCAUUCUUAAGUUCUCCUCCGCAGCAUGAAUCACACCUGCCAGAUAUCUGCAAAACGUUAAUCAAGCAGCAAGUUAACUAACCUUAACUCUCAAGCUGAAAUGAAACCUUCCUCGCUUUUUUUUUUUUGUAAAAUUAAAUCAUUCCGUGUAAAAAUUAAAUCCAUAUCUUAGACUUGGUCUAAAUUUCCAAUACGGCCUCAGUUUCUCGUUUUAAAAAUUCAAAUUUCAAGGGUUUUUCUCUAUAAGGCCUUUUUUGCAAAUUAUCAGCUGUUAAUGAUCAAAGAUUGUGAAAGUGGCUUUUGUUUUUAGUUUGAUCUCAAAAUCUCAAUGAUAGCUUGAUCUAGUGAUGUGUUAUCGUACAAAAAUAGAUUUCCAAUUUUAGUUCUAACCAAUUCUUCUCUGCAAAAUCAACACUAAAGCGUUAUCGAAGUGACUCAAAUCCAGAAUGAAAUCAUUGAAAUUUACGAUGUUUUAAUUUAUUGUUACUUUCUGUUAUUGGUUUCCCUGUUAUAUCUGAUCAAUAGAGAUACAUGUAUCGUGCUAUGAAAAGAUUUUCAUAAGAUCGGCGCUAUCUAACAUUGAGAGUUUAGCAUGCCUUCAAGUAUUCUUUAUGUUAUCUGUGAGUCUACCAUUUAACCAACUAAGGAACACUUGUCACCACCAAAACGUAACCCCUACUGUCAAAGUAACCCAUCAUCUGUCUCUCAUUUUCUGACUGAAGCCAUAUUUUUGGUUAUCCAAUGCUGAAAUUAAAUUUAUAACCAAAAAUAUUUUUCAGAAUCGGUUCGAAAGACGGAGAGAGGAGGUCCUCCAUGUCGAUAAAAUUGUGUCCAAACAUUCUCUAUUUCAGCCUAAUCUUUCAUUCUCACUCUGAUCAUUUGUUAAGAAGCGUGAAUGUUUAAGGAAAUGAAUCAAGAUUGCUUGGUACCAUGAAGGUUGAAAGAGGAAAAAAGCAAGAACAUAGAAAUUGAUUACAAGUCACUAAAAUUACAUCCUGUUGUGCUGGGUUGAUGCUUGACUUACAUAGGGCCUCAAAAGAGAAGAACCCCUUGAAACCACUUUUUAAUUGCUGAACAUACAGUCUGCAAUGGAUCAGUUGCGCCACUCACAGAAUCAACCAAAAAUAACAAGAUUCUUCCCAACACAAAGUUUUCGCGUCCAAUUUUAAGGAAGAUAUCACCCCUCUAACAAUGUGGUUUAGGACGUCAUCCACUGCGAAAAUGCAUACCAUGGGUUCCUCCUAAGAAUUUCACUAAUUGAUGAAUCCAGGGUUGAUAAAACCAUGAUGCGUAUCACUGUGGUGGAUGACAUCAUACACCAUGUUUUUUGAAAAGCAAUAACUAUUUCAAUAUUGCUUGUUGGCGUUUGAACAGCUCUUAUUAUUUUUUGCUACUAUGUACUCAAACCAUCAAAACGAUUCUGCGACUGGUGCAAGUGGUGCAACCGACCCAUUGCUAGGCAUAUGAGAGGUUGUCAAGUAAAGACUGAUCAUCAUAGCAUGGAAUGACCUAGUCAUACUGGACAAACUCACUUAAUGAGAAAAAGGGUCAAAUCAUGUACACUCCGAUUUAGCAAUGGUUCUUUUAUCUGCUGUUGAUGUAAUAGAUUGAAUGAUUAUCAAAAGUAAUGAAAGUCUCUACAAAAGUAAUAAAUUUGAAUACUUGUUUUCUUCUUUUUAUACGAAGCUUAUCCAUUUUCGAUUAUCAUUGUAAUUUUUUAAAAUUCUUACCGUUGCCUGCACUCUGAAUGUCCUCUGAGCUGUUUCAGUGGCGAACUUAGAUCAUUGACUUCCGCCGAGUUGAUGGCCCAUCUUAAUAUAUGAGAUUGUGUUCAAGUUUGAUGAUAGCUUAAGCGCUUUGUGUAAUUUUCAUGUUCCUAGUUUUUCAAAUUUCUCUCCAAUUCGUUCAAAUUCUUCAUAAAGAAAUGAAAUGCUUAAAAACUGUAUCACAAGUCUUAGUUGUAGUGAGGAAUUAAGGCAAAGAGAGCUUUCAGCCAGAAACUCCAGAGAGUGAUUGCCAUGUCUAUUUGCCUUGUGCUGACGAGCAUUUUAAGUUUUUCUCAUCAGCUUAUUGUGGCUAAAUUUUUGUCGAAGUUUGACAUUACAAAUCGUAAAAAAAAAAAAAAAAAUUCAGGAUAAAAUUCUUGCAUGAAAUUCACACAACAAAACGACAGUCGAAACAAAAAUUGUGUUUCAAAUCUCUGAGAAAAAGCUGCUGCGAUUUAUUAUCAUUCUGAUGACCUCUCUAGUUUGCCUUUGAUGAACCGAUAAACCUAUUUUCGUUCAACUAUUAGCAACGAUGGUGAAGUUAACUUAACAAGCAAUGUCAGCUAUUUAUAGUAAAUAAAUGAGAGUUUUAAUUUUAUACGUAAAUAGUAAGUGCGUCUAGCAAUUAAUUUUCAACAUAUGAAAAAGAUAAAACCAAGAUGUGAGCAAAGUCUGGAAAAAAUGGAAUUUGCAAUCUCAGUCCAUGUCAAAAAGAAAAAAAAAAUUGUUUUUUAAUGAGUCUCGUUUUGUCUUGUACUACUGCAUUUUUUCCACAGUUUGAAUUGAAAAUACAAAAUUUUAUAUUUCUGUGGUAA